AGGAUUCCUGCCGUUGCAUCGGCAUCGAUGGGCAAGAGGGCCAAACCAUGGUGAAGGUGGGCGGCAAGAUGCAGGGCCCCGGCCCCCGCGCAGUUGCAGCGCCUGGGACGACGGCAGGCACCCGAACUGCACCGGGAACAACGCCCCGCCCUGGUGCAAGCAGAGCUGGUGCUACGUUGACCCGUGCUUGUGCAAAGAGAGAACGCCUCCGAAGGAGUCCACGUACGUCGAGGAGGGGGUCUUUGGGGGGCGGCCGAUGUACUACUCCUACACCGCCUGCAGGAGUGAGGAUUACUUCGUGGAGUCCCAGGGCGAUACCGCAUGCACGCAAUACAAAGAUAAGAAGUCCUGCGAGCAUGACGACAACGAGCGCUGGUGCAAGUGGGAGGACGAGCGCGGCGUGUGCCUCGGAAUGGCGCUCACGGUCGUCUGCGGGGAGGUCGGUGGCAAUGGCGGCAUGGCUCACGGCGCGGCCGCGCGACCCGUGGCCGGCACCGCUGCGCUCGCCGCGGUCGGCGCCGCUGGGGCGCUGCUGCUGUUCUGACCCGGCGCCCGGCGACGCGCCGAGGGUCAGAGGAGCUGUUAGAGAGGUGCUUGCUCAUGCGGACACGCGAGUUGCAUGAGCCCGUGUUCGGCGGUGCGCCGCGCAGUCGCCACGCAUCCCCACGGGCCGGGCCCUCGGGGCGGCGGCGCCGCGGGGCGGGUUGGCGGCGAGGGGCGGCGCGCGGAGCGCCGCGGGGCAGUGGGGGCGCAUUCCGUGGGCCCGCGGGCGCGCCCGCCGCUCUCUGCGCCCUGCUGCCAGCACAGAGGAUCAC